AUGAAGAAUGGAGGACAAUCAGCGGGAGCGGCGGCGGCGGUUUUCGAUGAUUGCUAUUUUUUGGCAUGUGAUUUCCCUCUUACUAGGUUUGAACAUUGUAAUAGGGAAGCAAAUAAGGUGGCUCAUGAACUAGCCAGAUUAGCAAAAAUUUCUGUGACAAAUGACUAUUUUGGGGAGCCCAUGGAUGAAAUUGUACCUCUUCUUAUGGACGAUGCAACUGUUAUUUGCAAUUAA